UGUUCAAAUAAUCCCUUAGUAUUGCGAUUAUGAUGUACCUGGCUGAGAAGUUCCACACUCCGGACCACUGGUACCCAGCUGACUUGCAAAAGCGUGCUAGAGUAAAUGAAUAUCUAUCAUGGCAACACUCUGCCAUACGAAUACAUGGAUCCAGGAUACUCUGGUUCAACCUUUUGAUCCCAAAAGCAAUGGGAGUUGAGGUCCCUAAAGAAAAGAUAGACAAUGCAGUAGAGAAUCUUGACGGAUCACUGAAACUUUUUGAGGAGAAGUUCCUGCAAGACAAGAAGUUCAUUGUUGGUGAUCAGAUCUCAUUGGCUGACCUGGUUGCUAUUGUGGAAAUCAUGCAGCCUUUAGGUGCUGGUAUGGAUGUGUUUGAGAACAGACCCAAGCUCAAGGCAUGGAAGGACAGAGUCAGAGAAGAAAUUGGGGCUGAGCUGUUUGAUGAGGCCCACCAGGCACUCCUCUCUCUCCAGGAGGAAGUGAAAACCAUGGAUCCCAAAAAGAUGGACCCAUUAAAACCCAAAGUUUUGAAAUAUUUCCUCUCAUAAACAAACAUGGUUGGUUAAAACAGACAGUUAUUCAUGAAAUUAUACAAAACAUACUUUAUAAUUUUCUCAGUAAUUCCAUAUACUUUCCAUUUUGAUUAACCACUAAUAAUGAAAUGA